AUGUUUGGUUUACAGACAAAACAAUUGCCUCUUGUGAUAGCUUGUGUGAAGCAGCAGAAUGUACAUCAUAUCAUGUGUGGAGUUUUGGGAGAACUAGAAAACAACAUAAAUUUGAUGAAAAUUCUGAUGAUGAGAGUGAGAAUAAAUUUUGUUCUGCCCCUUGUCGCAUUAAUUAAGCUAAAGCUAGACAUAAAUCUCUUCACAAUGCAUCACAAUAUGAUAUCUGACGUUGGCAGGGUAGUAAAAUUGUUCUUUAAAUUGCUUUUAAUUAACGUGAAAACUUUUUUCCUGUUGUCAUCACAAAAUGGAAUUAAAAAAGUGAUUUUGAAGUUAACUUUACGAUUUGCGUCAGAAAUUUCCUCAAUUAAAGACUGUUUAAAUGAAAUAAAAAACAAAGGUCAACAGUUCAAUCAAGAAUGCUGA